AUGCAAGACAUCACUCGAAAGCCAGUCUUAUGGGGUCUUGACCCGUUGUUUCAUGUCCACGUCAAACUAUUUGCGGGAUCGCUAGGACGAAUGAAGCCGGGACAGUGGGGUGAUGGAGAUUCAGUGUACUUCUCUUCAUUUGUUCGAGGCUACCCUCGCCCAGUUAGGCUAGCCUCAUUGGCUGGGCUGGUUGUGUUCAUAUCGAAGCACCAAAAGGUAAUGAGGGCAGAUGGCGCAAUCGCUUUGGCCAGCAGAGGAAGAAUCCAGUCCCUACUUCCAAAUCGGCGUGAUCACAACUGUAGCUAACGUCAAGUGAAUUUUCGUAUGCGAUGGUAGUUUACUCGAUUUCUUAUAGACGAUGGGACAGGGACUGCUCGAUGUAUGUUAUGGGCAACCACAGAUGGCAAACGGAGAGAGCUGCAACAUGUUUUGCUCGGGGACUUCGUCGAGGUCCGUGGAAGACUUGAAUGGCGAGAAAAUAUGCCUUUGAUAAACGUGCAGUCCUAUGAAGUCUCAUCUGAUCCACACGCCGAACUCUUGUGGUGGGUGGAAUGCAAUCACACCUACGAAACCGUAUACUUUCAAAAGUUUAGGGUUAAUUUAUCUCCCGAUAGAGAAUCGUCUCUGUCUCAAAGGUUCAAUACCUAGCCUGUAUGUAAAUAAAUCUGGACGUCAGCA